CGUUAAAAUUCCAAAUCGUCAAAUGAUAAGCACUAAAAUUCUUGUUGAGUAUGCAGAAAAAUUAGAAAAAGAUAAAGUUUUUACUCUUUCUAAAUCACAAGAACCAUUGUAUAUAUGGGGUGCUGAGGAUAUAAGUGAUCGUAGUCAAAAGACUUCUGAUGUACUAAAUACAAUUCAUAAUUUUUUUGAACGUGCUAAAAAUCAAAAUUUUAAUGUAGUGGCUAUGGUCACAGAUAGCGCAUCAGCGCAAAAUAUGAUUACAAAAACCAUACUUGACUAUCUUCAAUGUGAUGCGGCCAAUCUUUUUGAUAUUGCCUAUGCAUUCGGAUAUGUAGCACAACAAUAUGAAAAUGAUAUUCAUGGAUUUGGUUAUGAAAUGCAAAAAAAACUUGAAAAAAGAUAG